CAACAACGUCACGUAUCGAGGACGCGCUCGAGCCAACACCACGCGACAGGGACUGACAAGAUGGCGAUCAUUUUGGAAACAGAGGAGUUACUGCCGUGAAGGAGAGGCUCGAAGCCACGAUGCCCUGGGAGGGUACCAUUUCUCAGCUCGCCAUGGUCACCAUGGUGAUAUGAAGCCAGUGUGAAACGCUGAAACACAUACACAUACAGACUCACACGCAGCCGGUCAGCUAUUGACUGACACAGCCAGCCAGCCAGCUCGGCAGGCAGGCGUGUGUAAUGGACAGGUGUAAGCAUGUGGGGCGGCUGCGGCUGGCCCCAGACCACUCCAUCCUCAACCCACAGAAGUGGCACUGCGUGGACUGCAACACCAGCGAGUCAAUAUGGGCCUGCCUGGGCUGUGCUCAUGUGGCGUGCGGGCGCUACAUCGAGGAACAUGCUCUGCAGCACUUCCAGCAGCAGCACCACCCGUUGGCUAUGGAGGUUAAUGAACUUUACGUUUUUUGUUAUCUGUGUGAUGACUAUGUCCUGAAUGAUAACGCCACAGGAGACCUGAAGCUGCUUCGUAGUACGCUCAGCGCCAUCCAGAGCCAGCGCUAUGAGGUUACUACCCGCAGUGGGCGCACCCUGCGCUCUGCGAGUGCUGCCGUCGAAGCCAUCAUGCCAUGUGGUGCCCGGGAGCUGCAGCUUAGAGACGAGGACAGGAUGUUUACUGCGCUUUGGCAUCGUCGCCGGGCGCUUAUGGGACGUGUCUUUCGCUUCUGGUUUUCAUUGACUGAAUGCGGAAAGAAGAGAGAGGAAGAAGAGAGACAGAGGGAGGAGGAGGAGGAGCAGAAAAGGGAGGCAAGGGAGAGGAGGCGGGCUCUAAAGAGGCAGCUACAGGAGGAGCUGGAGAAUGCCCCUCUCAGGAAGAGUCGCCGGUUACGUAAGAAGAGCCAGAGAGUUGCAGAUGCUGCAGCCACGACACCGUCUCGGAGGUCACGCAACAAGACAAAAAGCCCUGUGCCCCCUCCUCUCACCCGCAGGCCGAGGACUCGUAGCCCUGCCACUGCCACUGCCACCCCCAAGAGAAGUGGACGGACGAAAAAGGUCCAACCACCUCCUAAACCCCGGAGCCGUUCUUCUACCACCAAAUCCAAGCCCAAAACACCCUCAGCAACCCCCCAUUCUGCCCAAACACCUGUUCGCCGCAAGCAGAAUUCCAAACAGGGUGGCUCACCCUUUAAAAGGCGCCCUACGGUUACUCCUGGAGUGACGGGUCUGAGGAAUUUAGGUAACACCUGUUAUAUGAACUCCAUCCUGCAGGUGCUGAGCCACCUUCAUGUCUUCAGGGAGUGCUUUCUGCGCCUGGAUCUCACCCAGGCACUGGAGCUACUGGCAUCUGCCGUCCACGGCCAACUGGCAGGGAAGGCCUCGUCCCAGACACCCCUGACCCAAAGGAAGGGAUUCCAGGCCAGCUCAGGCUCUGGGGCAGGGCUGAGCGGUGGGGCCUCCCGGGCCCGCAGCAUGGAGCUGAUACAACCCAAAGAGCCAAGCUCAAAGCACAUCUCUCUCUGCCACGAGCUGCACACCUUGUUCCAGGUGAUGUGGUCUGGCAAGUGGGCGCUGGUAUCACCUUUUGCCAUGCUCCACUCGGUGUGGCAGCUGAUCCCAGCGUUCAGGGGCUACGCUCAGCAGGACGCUCAGGAGUUCCUGUGCGAGCUGUUGGACAAAGUGCAGCACGAGCUGGAGAGCACCGGCAAGCACACAACCACAGCGGGAGUCCCACAGAAACGACUCAUCAAGCAGGUGCUCAGUGUGGUCAACACCAUCUUUCAUGGCCAGCUCCUCAGCCAGGUGACAUGCCUGGCCUGCAACCAUCGCUCCAACACUGUGGAGCCAUUCUGGGAUCUGUCUCUGGAGUUCCCCGAGCGGUAUCACAGUAAUAGCAGGGAGUCGGCUGCUCAGGCUUCAUGCCAUCUGACGGAAAUGCUGGCCAAGUUCACAGAGACUGAAGCGCUGGAGGGAAACAUCUACGCCUGUGAGCAGUGUAACUCUGCUCGACGGCGGAGCUCUUCUAAACCAGUCCUCCUGACUGAAGCACAAAAACAGCUGAUGGUCCACAAACUGCCUCAGGUCCUGCGGCUUCACCUCAAACGCUUCAGGUGGUCUGGGCGGAACCAUCGGGAGAAGAUCGGAGUCCACGUCAGCUUCGACCAGCUUCUCAACAUGGAGCCUUACUGCUGCCUAGAGCCCUCGCCCAAAGGUGUGCCCUGCUCGAGCCCCAGCAGCCCCAGCUCAGCAGGCUCACCGCGUCCCAAGCACUUCCUCUACGACCUCUCCGCUGUGGUGAUGCAUCAUGGGAAGGGCUUCGGUUCUGGCCACUACACCUCCUACUGCUACAACACAGAAGGAGGCUUCUGGGUUCACUGUAAUGACUCUAAGCUGAAUGUGUGUUCGGUGGAGGAGGUCUGUCGUGCUCAGGCCUACAUCCUCUUCUACACACAGCGAGUAACUCAGGACAAAGACCGGCCGCUAUAGGACCACAGUCCCCCUCCUCAUCCUCCUCCUCCGCUGCAGCCUGACCACUCAGCGAGACGAUAUCAGCACAGCCCCACCUAUCGCUCUUUCUCUCUUCCCUCUCUUUCUUUGGGCAUUUAUAUCCUGGGAGGAUGGGUGUUUCUAGUCUAUUUUUCUAAAUAAGGAAAAAAAAAGAGAGAAAGAACUCCUUUUUAAAACCUGGUUCUGCUUUGUGAACUUCUUGUAUAUGGUGUUUAUAUGUAGGUAUUUUUAAAAGAUGGUGAUCAUGUUUGUGAUUUGUGUACAGGUGUAUUUUAUAAAGAAGAGUAUCAGCCAAGAUGUGUCUCAGUAGCAGCCAACAGACUCAAGUGUCUUCUUACAGGUCAUACAGGUGUAUUCACGUGUCUGCCUACCUGCGUUUGGUGGCUUUGUUGAUUGUAAAUGCUGUUCGUUUUGUUUAAAAUCAGCUGAAAUGUCUCAGUCACUUUAGAUAGACGUCACAGAACUGGAUGUAGGGUUGUAAAAUGUCAUUCACUCGCUAUAAAAUGGCCUCCCUGUGUUGUAGACAGGUAAAGUUUUAAUGGAUGCUAUCAAAGAUGGCUGUUUCCUGCCAGAGAUGCACUAAUUUCUACAGAAUAGGCUAUCAGCAUUGUAUUUUUACUGGGUUUAUAGUUGAAGAUCUGUACACAAGCAGGGCAGGAAGUUUAUUUUUCACUCUGAAGUACUCCUGGGUCUGUCAGGAAACAUUGGCAGACCUCAAGCCAAAGCCUUGGGGGAAGUGUAUGGAAAAACCUCUCAGCAUUUCCAAAACGGUUCAACAUUUGCUGGGUGCUUUUUUUUAUUUUUUUUCUCCCUCUGUCACUGGAGGGGAGAAGAAGUUUCCAAAGGGAUGGGUUGUUUUUUAUUUUUUGGCUAAAUGUUGCCACCUCUCUGCUCCAGAAUGUAAUUGUCUUCAGAGUGCGAACCAUCCCCGAACUAGUGUUCUAGAGAAGUGCCCUUUUGUUGAGAGUAUAUUUUUAUAGCUCAUAUCAGUUCAGCAAAGUUGGAAUCUGCACAGCUGCAGGCCCACCCAGACCAGCAUUUAGAUUAUGAAUGUAUUUUUAUACAGUCCUUCUCAGAGGUUUUAGAAAAGAGGCCAUUGACUGUUUUUUAAAGUUUUUAUACAACCGCUGAUCAACACCACCACCAGCAGGUAUGACUGUUCUCCCACCAGUGCGUAGGUGUGUGUGCAUACUGUAUUUAAUUUACUAUAAUGUUCAGAACAAUAUCCAGAUUCCUGCAGUGUAUACAGAUUGUGAUAUUUAUCUCCAUACUGGAGAAAAUUGUAUUAAGGAAAAAAAAAGGUAUUCUCCACCUCAGCCGUGUCCCCUCCCAUGAGAGGGGAAUUCAAAGCACACUUCAUAUUGUCUUUCCUUCAUUGUCAGAUGACGUGACACAUUGUUGGCAUUUGUUUUGGUUACUACUCCAUGGAUGUGUGUAUGUGUGUGUGUAAAUUUAUGGAAGUUAUACUAUGCAAAUUGUUACCUCAGUUUUUUCUAGAGAAACUUACCUCAAUAAAUGAGAAUAUUUUUUCAUUUUUCUACAAAACAUGCCCCUGUCUUGCUUGUUCCAGUUUUGUACAUGAAGCUAGGUCAACUUUAUUUACUGUAAAACUUAAGCUAACAGCCUGGGCUAUUAAUUGCUUACAUCACUGAACUCAAAGGGCCUAUGUUUGGAACAUGCCUUUAAAACCUUUCACACAAAACUAUUGCUCAGCAAAGACUGGGAAAUAAAAUAAAAUAGUUUAUUAAACCUGGGUUGACAUUGUUUUCUAUGAAAAACAUGGGGGGGAGGUACUUUUUUAUAUUUUUAAUUAUUAUAAAAGUGUUAUUAGAAAAUUAGAAAAAAAAUACAGAAAUGUUGAGUUAUAAAUAUAUAUUUCAA